UUUCCACAUUUAGAAGAUGACCAGCCUUGAUGAUUUGGUGGUUGGUGACGCCAUUGCAGCUGCGAUGCAAACCAACAAAUACACAGCAAGUUUCUUUGAGAAAUAUGACACCUACGACACCUACGAGCUGAUAGCAUGCACGCACUCGCACUGGUUCCUGUCCAGCGAAGACCUGAAGGUCAGCGUAGAAAUGCCCCUGGGUCUGGUUAAGAAGAUGGUCCCUCUGGGCCAGAACGAAAACCAGUGCUUGUUCCUCCUCCCCGAGGACGACAUGGAGGGUUGUGACCCAUUAGAUUUCCGGGAACUUCACCAAAUUAUCCGUGAAACGACCAUUGGCAUUUACGUGUUUGGUCAACUGCCGUCCAUUUCUCUGGAAGCAAAUUUCGACCAGAGCACCUCAUGUCAGCUGCCCCAGGCUUACGUGGACACCCGACUGGGACAGGUGCUGAUUAAUAUUGACUACAUGAUGAAGGCGCUCUGGCAUGGGGUCUACUUCCCCAAGGAGAAAAGGACAAAGUUUUCUGAGAAGUGGAGAAAAAGUUUGGAUGUGAAUUCACAAGGGAAACCUGAAACGAAGAAGCCGUUUAUUACAGAAUUCACCAGUGCAGGCAGCUUCAUGGCCAGUUUUGCCCAUACCCGCGCAGGGAUCCCAGACGCCAUGAUCACCUCGGGAGCCAUCAACCAUCUCCUGGAGCACCUGUUCUCUGACAGCGAGGAGGUAAGAUCAGCUGUUGCCUGCGCCCUGGGGUACCUCUCCUUCAACAAGACCACAGCGAGGGCGCUACUUGUGGCCUGCAGGAACCGCCCCAAGUACUACGACCUGCUCAUGGACAAUAUUGGGCUGAAUCCGAAGAUUAGCGCUGACUUUGUGGAUGAUUUUAAGCGGGCUAAGCUGGUUGGGCUGCCAUCGCAAAGCCUGGAAAUCAAUGGAGGGCCUCCCAUUAUUCCUCACAACAUUGUGAGAGAUGGAUCUAAGCUAAAGAAACACUUUCGUCCCACUAACUUCUAUCUGCCACCCAAUAAAAAGGAGAUAAAAGCUGAGCUUGGAACUUGCCGCAGCUUUCCUUUGCUGCAUACUAACAUGGCUACUGCUGAUGCUGGGUAA